AACAUCGUCUCGUGGGAAACUGGGCUACAACCGACUUCGAAAGGAACGCCUGUCGCAAAAUGUGAGAAGUGUUUAUGUUUCUCAAUCAUUUGCGAUCCAAAAUGUCGUUGUUUUCAACUUUUUGCUCAUUUUUGGGACUCCUUAUUGCUUCUACGAGCGCUUUCUCUCCUCCGAAGUAUUCUACAUGUAUCAGCAAAGAUUUUGGACACGGAGGGACUGUUUGUGUCUGCUCGGAAAAGGACUGCGACUCGUUCAGCGAAGGAAGUCCUCUCUCGACGAAAGAAUAUGCAGUUUACACGAGCAGGAAAGCUGGAGAUCGUUUCCGUUUGACGACAGCAAGGUUAAAUAAUAGUUUUAAUUUGAAAUCAAAACAAACUGGGGUACAGUUGAUCGUGAAUUCAAGCGUUACAUUUCAAAAGAUACUUGGCUUUGGAGGCGCAUUCACAGAUGCUGCCACUAUUAAUAUUCAAAAUAUCAGCACAACCUUGAAGCAGAAACUCCUUUCUUCAUAUUACUCAGUGGAAGGUAUAGAAUACGCUAUUGGUCGCAUCCCCAUGGCCAGUUGUGAUUUUUCCACAAGACCAUACUCCUACAAUGACAAUGUCGGUGACCUAGAGAUGGCCAACUUUAGCCUUGCAGAGGAAGACUUGAAUUUUAAAAUCCCACUGAUAUUAAUGGCAAUGAAGACAAGUAAGAGAAAUAUCACAUUUUUUGGAAGUCCAUGGUCCGCCCCUGCAUGGAUGAAAACAAAUGACAAGAUGACUGGGUUUGGUCAAUUGAAAGGCAAUGCAGGUGAUAAAUACCACAAAGCCUGGGCUUUAUACUUUGCUAAGUUCAUUGAGGCCUACAACGACAAAGGAGUAAAGAUCUGGGCAGUUACAGUGCAAAAUGAACCUUCAGAUGGAUUUAUUCCAUUUUUUAGUUUCCAGUGCAUGGGAUACACAGCUGAAAUGGAAAGAGACUUCAUCAAAGAGGACUUGGGUCCAAUGUUAUCACUGCAAGGUCAUGCUGAUGUGAAAAUCAUUAUGCUUGAUGAUUCGCGACCUUUUUUGCCAUCCUGGGUAGACACCAUUCUCAGUGAUCCAGGGGCAGCUAAGUAUGUUGCUGGAAUUGGCGUCCACUGGUAUGAGGACAAGUACAUGCCUGCUAAAGUUCUCACUGAUGCUCACAACAGAUUUCCUGAUCAGUUCAUUCUUGCCACUGAAGCAUGUGCUGAUCCCCAGACCUCCAAACCACCAAGAGUCAGUCUAGGGGACUGGUCAAGAGGAAAUCAGUAUAGCCAUAGCAUCAUUGAGGACCUAUCCAACUGGUCUGUAGGGUGGGUGGACUGGAACCUAGCUCUUAACAUGGAAGGAGGACCUAACUGGGUGAAGAACUUUGUUGAUUCACCAAUCAUUGUUGAUGCAGAGAAUGGAGUAUUUUACAAGCAGCCAAUGUUUUAUCAUCUUGGUCACUUCAGCAAGUUUGUGCCUCCAGGCUCACAGAGAAUAGAAGUGAAAGCAAGUGAAGAGUCUGCACUUCAAUUCAUUGGAUUCAUUACUCCUGAUUCCCUGAUGGUUGUUAUUGUCCUCAACACAGAAGACCAAGAAAUUGCUCUGCAAAUUCAUUCUGAAGAUGGUGUGAUCAAUGAGACUGUUCCACCAUCUUCCAUUCAGACCUAUAUCUGUUAAACCCAGCCACAGGCUUCAAAUAGCCAGUGUCAUAGACAGUCUAAACCGCUGGUAUAGGAGAUUUUGCGACACAUCCAGCUACAACCCAGGCUAGGUUCAUAAGGUGUGCCAAAUUUUGUAUGGAAAGUUUUGAAACUCUUAAUGAGCCUUGAAGCCAGACCAAGAAAUUUGUAAUAGAUUUAGGGAUGACAAAAAUUCAAUUGAACCGCAAAUGUAAUGUAGGAUUAUGGGGAAAGCAAUGCUCAGAGGGAGCCAGAUUAUUAUUGAUUUUGAAAAAAAUAGUUAGCCAGCCUGCACUGGUAUAUUGAGAAGAUUAUGCAGGCCUUGAGCACUGCUUGAAUGUUUUUGUGAUGGUACAGUUACAUGUUUAUAUAUGAAGGAUGUUCUGAUCUACAUUGUGUGUAGUCAGUCAAAGAUGUGACAGUUGUAUGAAUUGUGGGCAGCUUAAAAAAUUAAGAACAUCUUCAUGCACUUAUUAGAGUUUCUGCACUGUCAAGAGCCCAGCCCAUCAGCUCUUUGCUCAUCAGGUUCUGAGAGUUCAUUGUCAUUAUCACUGAUAAACAAAUCAGACGUAGUGCUGUUACUAGCAAGUGCAGAUUCUUGCAAGCUGGCACUUUCUGUUGUUUCUUCAUUUUUGCCUCCCUUUUCAAGGUGUCUAAAGAAGGUUCCUGUAAGAAAUGUAAAUAAACAAUAAUAAUUUUUAUUAACACUUGAAUUGAGAUAGCAAUAAUAAUUUAUUGUGUGACUCUAAAAAGAGUAGCCUAUGCAUUGCCAUACUCUAGAAGAAUUAUUACUUUGAGGUAAAAUUAUCUGACAUAAUUAUAUUAAAAUUAUUAUGACAUUUUGUAUGGUUUACAUUAAAAAUCAACGUCGAAAAUUAUUUAUAAUAAAAUUCAUAAAAAUGAUCAUUGAAAUCAA